AAACGAGUGGCGGGCAACUGCUGCGAGAGCCCCUGCUGCUCCUGCCCCCCCGAGGAAGCGCGCGCCUCCGUCUGUGGCCUGGCCAUGGCGUUGCAGCUCUCCCGGGAGCAAGGCAUCACCCUGCGCGGGAGCGCCGAGAUCGUGGCCGAGUUCUUCUCAUUUGGCAUCAAUAGCAUUUUAUAUCAGCGUGGCAUAUAUCCAUCUGAAACCUUUACUCGAGUGCAGAAAUAUGGACUCACCCUGCUUGUAACUACUGAUCCGGAGCUCAUAAAAUACCUCAAUAAUGUGGUGGAACAACUAAAAGAUUGGUUAUACAAGUGUUCAGUUCAGAAACUGGUGGUAGUCAUCUCAAAUAUUGAAAAUGGUGAGGUCCUUGAAAGAUGGCAAUUUGAUAUUGAGUGUGACAAGACUGCAAAAGAUGACAGUGCACCCAGAGAAAAGUCUCAGAAAGCUAUCCAAGAUGAAAUCCGUUCAGUGAUCAGACAGAUCACAGCUACGGUGACAUUUCUGCCACUGCUGGAAGUUUCUUGUUCAUUUGAUCUACUGAUUUAUACAGACAAAGAUUUGGUUGUACCUGAAAAAUGGGAAGAAUCAGGACCACAGUUCAUUACCAACUCGGAGGAAGUCCGGCUUCGUUCAUUUACUACUACAAUCCACAAAGUAAAUAGCAUGGUGGCCUACAAAAUUCCUGUCAAUGACUGAAGAUGAGAUAAGGACAAUAAUGUGGUUGUAAUUCUCAAAUGUGGUUUUCCUAAAGCCAAGUCAACUGUAGUUGAUGUGUUUUAUUUCAUUGGUUAAUUUCUAGAAGGGGAAAACUUCACAUACUUUACUGAACUGUGCAUAAUUGUUCCAUUUUUUGGUACCGGUUUGACUUUCCAUAGGGUUGACAUAACUUAUUGGACACUGUUCAAGAGAGAACCAGCAGAUUACAUCAGCACUGUCAUGUCGGUUCCUUUGAAGGUGGUAACUGUGGAUGGGAAAACUUUUGCUGUAAAGCUAAAUGCCUUCCUAAAUAAGACUUUUUGGUCAAGUAACUUGACUCAGAAUAUGGGUAGGGAGAUACAGCAAAAGAAGUCUGAAUAUUCAGAAGCUUUGUUUAGAUCUUAAAAGUAACCAAUAUUAUCCAUAAGUAAUGAAAUAUUGUUCCUAUUAGGUCCUUUUGCUGUUGACUGCAUUUGUAGUUUCCAUAUUAAAAACACUUCCAAUUAUUUGAUUUUAAUUUAUAUAACUUGAACCCAUGAAGCUAUGAAUAUUUCUACUCGUUCAAUUCCUAUGAUACAGAUCUCUUAAAAAUGUCUUUUUAUGUUUUAUAAAAUCAAGCUUUAAAUCACAAUGAUGAAAUAAAGUUAAAUGUGUAUGUUUUAAAUUCGUCUUAAAAUAUUUUUAUAUUGGUGUGGUUUAAUACAGUUAAAUAGUAGUUAGGAUGGAUUCUGUGCAGCAAAUGAUUUCUUGUGCCCACUAGGUUGUAGGGCCUAAGGAUACAAAGUCGAGUUAAGUCUUGAGGUACUUUCAGUUUAAUGGACAAGCUUUGAUUAUACCCCCUUCAUCUCAACAGUAGUUUUAAAAUAAGUAUUAUUGUUUGUAAAACAAUAAAUGUCAUUUGGAAUUAAUUCAGUUUAGCAAACAUUGAAUUGUAGAGCCUUUCUAUUCUCCUAGUCUUCCUGUCAGCCUAGUUUUCCUUAUAUACUUAAACACCACGCUUAUUCCUGUGCCUUCAUUAAUACUCUCAUCAGGUAUGUUCUUUCUACCCAGUUUCCAACUAUUUUUCUGAGGUCAGUUUAAGACAGACUUCUAAAACGUCUUUUCUAAAUCUUAUCUUAUUUUGUAAUAGUUCAGUUUAUUAACUGCUUAUUAUCAGGCACUGUUCUAAGCUCUUUAUAUAUAUUAAUUCACUUAACCUUCACUAUUAAGUAAAUACAUAGAAUCUGUAUCGAUCCAUUCAAAAAUUACAUAUUGAGCAUCUAUUAAUAUGUAGAGUACUUUGCCAAGUGCCAGAACGAAUGAAACAAGAUCCUGGCCUUUCUGAAGGUUGAGGUCUUAUGAAGGAGAGAAAGGUUCAUUUCAUUAUGCAUUCAGUCUUUGUUAUUUCCCCUGGAUAAUCUUCUCUCUUUGAUCCAACGGUGUGCUGUUUAAGGGUAAAGGAUGCUGUCUUUCAUUCUUUCAUCUUUCAGUGCUGGAUAAAUAGGAGGCAGUAUUUGAUGAUGAGCAUGGUGAAUGCUGCUGUGAAAGCCCAUUUCUUAGAGUGGUUGACGCUGCCUAAUUGAGGGCCACCCACAAGCUUUCUGUUUCCUGAAUAAGAAAAGUAGUUUUGCAGAAAUGGAAAUGAUAGUGGCUUUGGUAUAGGCAAGAGUCAGGCUUCCAGACAACAUGAGGUAUAUUACAAAGUGGACACUAUUAAGAUUGAAACAUUUGAAUUCCUGGGUUGUUCGUUACCUCUUAACAUUUGAAAUAUGGGUUGAGAAGGAAAGCAGAAAUAGAACUUCAGUAAAAAUAUGGAGGGAGUUGAAAAUUGUGGUCCUAUUUUAGGGAAUAUGUUUGAAAAUCUUUAUAGAAAGCAGUGAGUGAGGGCUUCGGGAAACAUUGAAUGCCUCUUUGCUAAACAACGGGAAUAAUGAAACAUGGUUCUUCGUCCAAAAACCUUGCUGGUAACAACAUUCUAAUAUAUUACUAAUAACACUUAAGUUUCUGUCAUUUAUGUCUUUAGUUGUGAAAUUAAAUGAUCCUAAUAUUA